UGAUUGAGCACUUACCACAAGAACUCAGAGAUCGCUUUACAGAAAUGCGUGAAAUGGAUCUACAAGUUCAUAACGCGAUGGACAACUUAGAGGAACAGACCAAACAGUUCUUUAGUAACGCAAAGGUCAUGAAAACAGAGCAAAGAGACCUCGAAUACGACCGAAUAAAACAGGACUACUACAAGACCUUAGAGGACGCUGAAGAGAAGGUGCACUUAGCGAAUCAGAUCUACGAACUCGUGGACAAAUAUCUGCGACGAUUAGACCAAGAGUUGCAGAAAUUUAAGAUAGAAUUAGAGGCCGACAACUCAGGCAUCACUGAGGUCUUAGAGAGGAGUGAGUCCCUCCCGUUAGGGACAGACACACAGACAGGUGAUUUCCCAGCGAUCUCAACCUAUUGGGCGGCGGGCAACGGCAUCCUAUCCAUUGCUCAAGACAUAUACAGGGGAACUGUACCCAACCCUAACCCACUGUCCAGUGGCUCGGGAAUCAUAACCAGUUCUAACAUCACUAGCAAUCGUCUCAAUUCUAACGCAUUCACACCAUUACUAGCGGUCGUGAACGCAAACAACAGUAAUUAUCCGAACGGCACUAAUUCGACCACAAAUUCAUCGCUCAUACCAUCGAAUGCAUCCAUUUCUGCCGAUAAGGGCAGUCCAUCCAACUCGACACUACCUCACGGCUCGUUUAGGUGUAAUUUAGGCAACACUGCCAUCGCUGCGGCCGCUUCUCAGGCCAUCGCCGCCACACAACAGAUGCAACAGGGAAGACGUACGGCUAGUUUGAAGGCCAGCUAUGAGGCCAUCAAUAAUGUGGGCUUUUCUAACGAAAUGCCGAAAUUGAGCAACUCUCUCGUGAGCGGAUUGCUGUGGAGGUUAAGUGUAGGCCUAGAUAACUUGGCUAGCUUAAGUAAUCCAAUACCGAUACUGAGCCGAAAGUUUCGCUUAUUAUCCGGCAACAAGAGGAGCAGAUCUAGUCAUUACUCCGACUCGACAUCCAAUUCACACAUUUCCGUCAAUAACUCCAAUCUGUUUGAAGACAACUCGUCCGAAGCCAUGACGAGCGACAACAACAACGGUGGCGGCGGUGGAGGAGCGCCCGACUGGACGUUCGACCCAAAUGAGCCCCGGUAUUGCAUUUGCAAUCAGGUCUCGUAUGGGGAUAUGGUUGCCUGUGAUAACGAAGACUGCCAAAAAGAGUGGUUCCAUUACGGAUGCGUUGACAUAACCCAACCCCCGAAAGGCAAGUGGUAUUGUCCGGACUGCUCGGAAAGACUCAAUAGAAAGAAAAGUAGGAAAGAGAGGGCGUGAAAGG